AUGAUUCCUCCCUGCGACCCCUCAAUUCUUGAGCACAAUCCUCAAUUCAAACGACUAUAUGAGAAUCUGACAACCUCCCUCCUUAAUCCAGAUGCCUCAACGCGUGCUCACAGCGCGAGCCCAGCCCGCACAGCUGUGGUGGAGGAGCUGAAGCAAUGCCAGACCCAAAAUGCGAAAAAGCGAAUCAAAGAGCAAAUGCUCCGGCAAUUGGCCUUUGCCCCAGACAGCAACCUACCUGCAGAGUGCCAGGAUAACCUCGCUAUAAUAACCCUCUACUUAGAGACACCGUCCAGCACAAUCGAAACCACCACCCCAAAGCCAGAAACCGAGCCCAAGAAACCAGAUGAAGCACUCACCCUCCUAGCACCAGACAUCGAAGCCUUCUACACCAAUAUCCCGGCAUUCAUACUACCCUUGUCCAAAACCCUCUCAUCCGCCAUUCAAGACCUACGCGCUCUAUCAACCGCAAAUACAGACCCAGCCACCGGGUCCGACGUAGAUGUCCCCGCCCCACAGCACUCGAAUCACAAUGCACGCGCUCGAGCGCGCGACCGCCGAGUUCGGACCUCGAUGGCGCCAGUCCCACCGCUCUCGUCACAGCUACAGGUGCGGGUGCGCGUAUUGCGCCAUACACAGCUGUCUGAGCUCCCAGUCGCACGGCGGAAGAUGGCUGCUACGGCGGCGGAGGUUGUUGCCGUGCGAGCGCGAGUCCUGGAGCGCACUGUUGUGACUCUGGAGCGGGCGAAGCAUGGGGCUCUGGCUCGCGCGACGAAAGCUAAGGCGGAGCAUUUGGCUGUUGUUGCACAGGGUGUGGAGGGGAAAUUAGAGGUUACGAGACUGGAGAUUGCGACUACGCUCUAUACGCCCGAAACACUUGCUGCUCUUGCUCGGUAUAGGCAGCAUCUCAGGCAGACGAAGGAGCGUUUGCAGCAUCGUCGGAAGAUGACGAUCCAAGAGCUGAGAGGUUAUGGUGAUGUGGAGGUGUCUGAUCCGGCUACUGAUAUUGCCGCGGAUGAAGGGUCUUUUGCGGAUAUUGCUCGUCGGUAUGGGAUUUUGGCGAGAGAGGUUGAAGAAGUAAAGAUGGAAAUUGCACGAUUAGAGAAAUGA